AUGAAGCUCAUCAGUAAACACGUCGAGAAGAACGGCGAAGGUUAUGUCAAAGUUCGACCGGAGGAUGACGAAGAUAUGUGGCAUCUCUACAAUCUUAUACAAGAGGGUGAUAAAGUCAGGGCACCCGCCAUUCGUGGGGUUAAGAACGUGUCAAGCACCGGCUCCGUAGAAUCACAUCGUGUCCGUACGAUGCUUACUAUCCAGGUCAAGCGCACUGUCUUCUCGCCAUCUUCCUCCGCAGGCGACAACGGUCCCAACACCGAUGUCACCACGGCCUCUCUACACAUCUCUGGGCCCGUCGUCGAGGAAAAUCAGCACGUGAAGAUGGGAGCGUAUCACACCCUCGACAUAGAAGUUCAUCGAGAUCUCAGCAUUAUGAAGGAUAACUGGGACAGCGUCGCGCUGGAACGUGUAGAGGAAUCAUGCGUGCCUGGGCGAGGGGCGGAGGUCGGCGCCAUCGUGUGUGGCGAAGGCACGGCCGCGUUCUGCUUGCUGUCACAGCAUAUGACCGUUAUCCGCCAACGCAUUGAAGUUCCGAUACCGCGAAAGCAAUCGUCGUCUUCGGCCCACGACAAAGGACUGGAGAAGUUCUACGCUGCUGUUUAUGCCGGCUUUAUCCGCCAUAUACCCUAUUCCAACCCUGCUCUCCGAGCGAUCGUUAUUGCCAGCCCGGGUUGGGUUCGGGAUGCGGUGCAUGACUAUAUCAUGAAGGAGGCGACCAGGACAGGAAACAAAGCGAUAUUGACGGCCAGGAAUAAGUUCAUCAAAGUCCAUAUCACCAGCCCGCAUGUCCAUAGUCUCGUAGAAGUAUUGAAGAGUCCUGAAAUUGUGUCGCAACUAAAGGAGACCAAAUUCGCCCGGGAGGGUAUGAUGCUCGACAAGUUCUUCAAGAUGCUUGGUUCGGAUGAGAUGCGGGCGUGGUAUGGACCAGACCAUGUCGCGCUUGCAGCUGAGCACGGAGCGAUCGGCACACUCCUCAUCUCUGACGAUUUGUUUCGGUCAAGCGACCCCGCUGUUAGGAAACGAUAUGUCGAACUGGUCGAGUCUGUCAAGCAGAAGAACGCGGAGGUGCUGAUCUUCUCGAGCAUGCACGAAUCCGGGCAACAACUCAACCAGUUGACGGGUAUAGCUGCCAUUUUGACGUUCCCUCUGGACGUUGAAGUUGUGGAAAUGGAGGAGCGCCAGGCGAAGGAAGAAGAGGCAGAUCGGAGACACGAAGAACAGAGUAAGCUGGAAUAG